GGCAACACCAGACAGUAUCUGGCAAAGUUUAUUUUCGUCACCAAAUUUGUGCUUAUUGAAAUAAUUAAUAAUAUUUAGCAAAAUAUUUUACUCAAAAUGUCAAAAAAACAGUGAAAUUAAAGUUGAUGUCGUGUAAUGCGGCCAUUUGCUUUUCGCCAGUGCUGCCGGGUUAACUAGUAACCAUCUGACCCAGUCGAUUUGUAAACAAAUAUUGAUUUUUGUGUAUUCAAUAUUGUGUGUAUACAGAUGGUUUGCUGAAAAUUCUCGCGAAUUUAUAUUAAAAUACCUUUAACCACUAGAACAUCUAUUAACACUGAAUUGUUCAGAAAACCAUGGCAGAUUGUACUGUAACGGCUAAUGCCAGUGAAAAGAUGGCGACUUUGUUAAAAGAAGCGGAAAAUUUGAAAAUUAAACUGGAGGAGGAACGUGCAAAGUUAAACGAUAUUAAUUUAUGGACAGUAGCAGAGCGACUCGAGCAAAUUGCGUUUGUAAAUAUAAAGCCUCGUAAAGUUCUUAAAGGCCAUCAGGCAAAAGUUUUAUGUACCGACUGGAGUCCAGACAAGCGUCACAUAAUUUCAUCAUCGCAGGAUGGGCGCCUAAUUAUCUGGGACGCCUUCACAACCAAUAAGGAACAUUUUAUCACCAUGCCCACUACAUGGAUAAUGGCUUGUGCAUAUUCACCUUCGGGCAAUUUUGUUGCAUGUGGUGGCUUGGAUAAUAAGGUUACAGUGUAUCCUAUUACUUCUGACGAUGAAAUGGCUGCUAAAAAACGAACAGUUGGCACGCAUACUAGCUACAUGUCUUGCUGCAUAUAUCCGAAUUCCGAUCAGCAAAUCCUUACUGGCAGCGGAGAUUCAACCUGUGCAUUAUGGGAUGUAGAAAGCGGUCAGUUAUUGCAAAGCUUUCAUGGUCAUUCAGGUGAUGUAAUGGCUAUUGAUUUGGCGCCAAACGAAACCGGAAAUACGUUUGUAUCUGGCAGUUGUGAUCGAAUGGCAUUCAUUUGGGAUAUGCGCUCAGGCCAUGUUGUUCAAUCGUUUGAAGGUCAUCAGUCAGACGUUAAUACCGUUAAGUUUCAUCCUAGUGGUGACGCAAUAGCAACAGGGUCAGAUGAUAGCAGUUGUCGUUUAUUUGAUAUGCGUGCCGACCGAGAAGUAGCUGUAUUCGCAAAGGAGAGCAUCAUAUUUGGUGUUAAUUCUGUAGACUUCUCUGUGAGUGGACGUCUGUUAUUCGCCGGCUAUAAUGAUUAUACAGUUAAUCUCUGGGAUACGCUAAAGUCGGAGCGCAUUUGUCUGUUAUACGGUCAUGAAAAUAAGGUAUCUUGUGUGCAGGUAUCACCAGAUGGUACAGCAUUGUCUACUGGCAGUUGGGAUUACACUAUACGUGUAUGGGCAUAAUUGCAGUUACUAUGUUAUAUAUAUAGCUACUAUUUAUUGUUGUAACCAAUGAUGUUAUGAAUAUUAAAUGUAAACAGUGAAGUUAUGAGUAUUAAAUUAUUAUUAUUAAAUAAUUAUUUGUUACUGUAUUAUAAACUAAAAAAAAAAACUUAACUAAAUAAAUCUAGUCAAUCACAAAUA